UUUCUCCCUGUUGUGCAACUGAUUUUACACUCGAUCGCCUCGCCGAGGCCGUUAACGUCACGAUCGGGAACGCGGUGAUGAUAUUUUCGUCGGGGGUCUCAACAAACUAUGACCUUCUCAAAAACUCGUCAAAGUUGUUUGUACGGUCAGCGUCAGACUAUGCGCGAUUCGUGAUUCGAGAUUCACGAGUUCGAUAUUUGUAUGAGAUUCGCGAACAGUGUGAAUAUAUAGAUACAUAUUGAUCAAGUUCGUGCACUCGUGCCGAUUCGCCAGCAAAACAGAUUUUAUGACGAAAGGAUCAAAGAGCGAAUCACCACGGCGUACGUAUAUCUGAUAAGACUCGUGUAAACAUAUAUUGGACGAACGGAUCACCAGUGUGUGCAUUGGCACAAUUGACGAAAGAUGCCAACGAUAAUGAAGGGUGAAAAAUCCAUUAAUUUUACCAUAAAUGGAACACCAUACACGAUCUCGAGGGACAUACCAGCUGACACGUCCCUCAACGUCUAUAUUCGCGACCAUGCGAAACUCCGCGGCACAAAAGCCAUGUGCCACGAGGGUGGCUGCGGCGCCUGUAUCGUGGCCGCGGAAAUCAAGGGUCAGACAAUGGCUGUGAACUCCUGCCUCGUACCGAUACUAAUCUGCGACGGAUGGGCGAUUCACACAAUCGAAGGUAUAGGAAAUAAACGAGAUGGUUAUAACUCGAUUCAAGCCGCGCUCGCCGGGAAAAAUGGCUCGCAAUGUGGGUACUGCUCUCCUGGCAUGGUAAUGAAUCUUUACAGCCUUCUGCAGAACAAGAAAUUGACUAUGCAGGAAAUCGAGAAUUCCUUCGGUAGUAACAUCUGCCGGUGUACAGGCUAUCGCCCGAUUUUGGACACGGUUAAGGGAUAUGCCAGCGAUGCGAUUCCACAACUGGCGAAGGACAUUCGCGAUAUCGAGGAGAUCUACAACAUCAAGACCUGUCCGAAGAACGGAAUGCCGUGCAAAGGCAAAUGCGCCAACAAACAUCUCUCAGAUGGAAAUACGGAAACGGUGGAUAUAAAGUUGGCGGACGUGGAAUUCUAUAAAGUUUACUCGAUCGAGAAUCUAUUCGCGGUAUUUCGAGAGAAACCGGAUGGAACGUAUAUAUUAAACGGCGGAAACACAGCACAUGGUGUUUAUCGGACGGGCAAACACGACCUUCGCAUCGAUAUAAACGACAUCCCGGAUUUGCGUCGCAUUGAGAAAACUAACGAGUCCCUGACCCUGGGCGGAGGUGUGUCUCUCACCACGGCGAUGGAGACCUUUGAGAAGUACUCGUCCGAGGCCGGAUUCAAGCAUCUUCAUCACCUGGCCCAUCACAUCGAUCUGAUCGCCAGCGUGCCCGUGCGUAACAUCGGCAGCAUCGCCGGCAACCUGAUGAUCAAGCAUGCCCACCACGAGUUCCCGUCCGAUCUGUUCCUGAUGCUAGAGACCGCCGGCACCCAGAUACACAUCCUCGAGGCACCGGGCGCCAAGAAGAGUAUGAUGCUGCAGGAGUUUUUGCAGACGGACAUGCGUCACAAGAUCAUCUACAGCGUGGUGUUGCCGGCGCUGUCCGACGAUUACGAGUACAGAUCCUACAAGAUCAUGCCCAGAGCCCAGAACGCCCACGCUCACAUCAACGCCGGAUUCCUCUUCAAACUCGACGGCGGCGGCAAGGUGCUGGAGAAGCCUAACAUCAUAUUCGGCGGCAUUAACGAGCAUUUUUUGCACGCAAAAAACACGGAGCAACUGCUGGUGGGUAAAUCUAUCCUCGACAAGCAAGUGCUAAAGACAGCCUUGGAAACGUUGCAUAAUGAAUUGCAACCCGACCAUGUGCUGCCGGAUUAUUCGCCGGAAUUUCGUAAGACUCUUGCCGAAGGACUAUUCUACAAAUUUGUGCUGAGCAUCAAGCCGGAGAAUAUGAAUUCAAAACUUCGCAGUGGCGGCUCCAUUUUAAAACGAGAGCUCUCUUCAGGUACGCAGGACUAUGACACAGACAAAAAUGUAUGGCCGGUGAGCAAGCCUAUGGUAAAGUUGGAGGCGAUCCAACAGACGUCGGGCGAGGCUCAGUAUUGCAACGAUCUACCGCCGUUUCCCGGAGAAGUAUUCUGCGCCUUCGUUCUUUCGAAAGUCGGUAAUGGUAAGAUAGAAAGCAUAGACGCGAGCAAGGCGCUUGCUAUGAAGGGCGUGGUGGCGUUUUUCAGCGCCAAGGACAUACCCGGCAAGAAUUUGUGCAUCUCGGCCGCCGAUCAGCUGAUGAUGCUGAUAAAUGACGAAGUGUUGUUUGCCGAAAAAGACGUUAUCUAUGCCGGUCAGCCGAUCGGUGUGAUCGCCGCCGAGACGCAUAAUCUGGCUCACGAAGCCGCACAAUUAGUGGAGAUCAAAUACACCGAGACUCUAAAGAGGAAGCCGGUGAUAAGUAUCGAAGAUGCGCUCGCUUCGAAGGACGAUAGCAGAUUCAUGCAGGGCAUCAGCGUUCCAGCGAAAAAGAAAGGAAAGAAUGUUAAACAAACGAUAAAAGCCGUUUUCCAUUGCGGCAGUCAGUACCAUUAUACCAUGGAGACUCAGUCCUGCGUUUGCGUUCCUGCGGAGGAUGGUAUGGACGUCUAUCCAACGUCUCAAUGGCUAGAUCUCACUCAAGUAUCGAUUGCGAAUUGUCUCGCUGUUAAGAAUAAUAGUAUCAAUGUCCACAUCAGACGAAUCGGCGGUGGGUACGGAGCAAAAAUCUCGCGGAACGCAGUAAUCUCGUGUACCUGCGCGUUGGUAUGCCACAAACUGAAUCGCCCGGCACGAUUCAUCACAUCUCUCGAGAGCAAUAUGCAAUCGCAAGGCAAAAGAAUUUCUACGCGCCAAGAAUACGAAGUUGGUGUGGAUAACGAAGGGGUUAUUCAGUAUCUCGAUUCGAGACAUUGGCACAACGCAGGCUGUAACUUCAAUGACCCUCACGCUUGGGUCGUAGUGCACCAUUUCGAAAGCUGUUACUCGAACGAGUGCUGGACAAUCAACGGAUUCGAAGUACGAACUGAUUUACCAUCAAACUCGUAUUGUCGUGCGCCAGGAUCCACGGAAGGAGUGGCUAUGAUCGAAAAUAUAAUGGAGCACAUUGCGCGAGUGUUGAAGAAGGACCCGCUACAGGUCAAAUUGGCGAAUAUGAACGACGUGGAUAAGGCCGCGUUGGAACCCAUGAUAAAGGGCUUGGCGAAAUCGGCUGAUUACGAGAUGCGGAAACGGGCCGUUGAUACGUUCAACAACGAGAAUCGCUGGAAGAAAAAGGGCAUCGCCCUGGUACCAAUGAAAUAUCCAUUCGCGUACUGGGGUCAAUUCAACGCUAUGGUGUCGAUCUGCGCUCGUGACGGCACGGUUUGCGUGACGCACGGUGGGGUCGAAUGCGGUCAGGGUAUAAAUACCAAGGUCGCUCAAAUAGCAGCUUACACUUUGGGUAUUGACGUAAGUUUAGUCAACGUCAAACCAACCAAUAAUAUAGUAACGCCGAACAACGCGGUUACCGGAGGCAGUGUUACGAGCGAGUCUUGUGGAUAUGCAACGAUUCAAGCUUGCAAAGAACUCUUGAAGAGACUCGAACCGAUAAAAAAAGAGAUGAAGAACCCAAGCUGGCGGGAGCUCGUUUUUACGGCGUAUCUAAAGGAUGUUGAUUUAUGCGCGCGUCAUAUGUACGCGCCCACGCAAGACGAUGCGCUCAAGCCUUACGCCAUUUACGGUGUCACCAUUGCCGAAGUGGAGAUCGAUCUGUUGACCGGCCAGCACAUUAUCAAGAGGGUCGACUUAGUGGAAGACGCCGGGAUAAGCUUAAAUCCGGAGAUCGACGUCGGUCAGGUGGAGGGAGCUUUCGUGAUGGGGAUAGGAUACUGGACUUCCGAGGAGCUGGUGUACGAUUCUAAAACAGGAGCGUUGACAAAUGACAGAACUUGGAAUUAUAAACCGCCAGGAGUGAAGGAUAUUCCUGAGGACUUCCGCGUGUCUUUCCGCAGAAACUCACCUAACACACUCGGUGUUCUUCGAUCAAAAGCGACCGGUGAACCACCGCUUUGCAUGAGUUAUGUAAUCCCGCUCGCGUUCCGUUACGCGUUAAAUUCCGCUAGAGCGGACGUGGGAAAUAAGGAAGCUUGGUACGAUUUAGAUGCACCAUACACCAACGAACGCAUACUUCUAAGUAGUUUAACCAACAAGGAUAACAUGAUACUGUGAGAGCAGAAGUGAUAUUUGCGAAUAAAUUGAUGCUUAAAUUAAAUCUUAUGUUUAUUGUCGUUUUUUAGAUCACUAGAAUAAAUUUAGAGAUCCUGUACAAAACAAUUUACCUUGUUACUUUUCAUUGAUAUAAGCAAUGUUAGAGUAAUAACGGGACCAGAAAACAAUUCAGUUAGUUAAUAGAUUUUAAGCGUAAUUAAGCGUAACAAUUUUUUAUGGUAAAUAUUUUUAAUAAAUAUUCUUUACUAAA